AGGAAAGUGACCACUUUCCCUUCAAAAUAAAGUUUGAUUUUUCAUUCCUCCACGGCCUCAUAACUCGUUGAACAGAGAUAUUGGAGAGGGUGUAGAGAGAGAAAGAAAGUUAUGGCGAGUUGUCUUUCUUCUACGGUGUUUAUAAUCUCAGUCUCAUCAUCGUCUUCUUCAUUGAAAACAAGGAGUCAACGACAUUCAGCUUCCCUCAAUUCCCAAAACCCUUCUCGUUUCAAUUUUCUCUCGUCACCUCACACUUCUACUGCUUCUUCUAAUCCACUCCAUUCAAGGAAGUUGUGUAAAGUCCAAGCAACUGUGUUGGAAGAGAACAAGGAGAAAACAGUUGUGGAGGAGUCAUUGCAAUUUAAGAGUUUUCCUGAUGACAAAGGGGAAGGAGGCAAUGGGGAGCCGCCAGAGAGUUCUUCCGCUAGUGUCUUAGAGAGAUGGGUUAUAAAAGUUGAACAAUCUGUUAAUAUCCUCCUCACGGAUUCAGUGAUAAAGAUACUUGACACAUUGUACCGUGACCGAGAUUAUGCGCGGUUUUUUGUUCUGGAAACUAUAGCAAGGGUUCCAUAUUUUGCUUUUAUGUCUGUUCUGCACUUGUAUGAGACUUGUGGUUGGUGGAGAAGGGCAGACUAUCUGAAAGUUCAUUUUGCUGAGAGCUGGAAUGAGAUGCACCAUCUUCUUAUAAUGGAAGAAUUGGGGGGAAAUGCGUGGUGGUUCGAUCGCUUUCUUGCUCAGCAUAUCGCAAUCUUUUAUUAUUUCAUGACUGUCUUUAUGUAUGUUUUGAGCCCAAGAAUGGCAUAUCAUUUCUCUGAGUGUGUGGAGAGCCAUGCAUUUGAAACUUACGACAAAUUUGUCAAAUCCAAUGGAGAUCGACUGAAAACAAUGCCUGCUUCUAAGGUUGCUGUGAAGUACUACACCGAAGGUGACUUCUACUUGUUUGAUGAAUUUCAAACAGCAAGGACUCCUAAUUCUCGUAGGCCUGUAAUAGAGAAUUUGUAUGAUGUAUUCGUUAACAUUAGAGAUGAUGAAGCAGAACAUUGUAAGACAAUGAAGGCAUGUCAAACUCCUGGGAACCUUCGGUCUCCUCACUCAUAUCCAGACGAUGCCUUUGAAGAUGAUUCAGGCGGUAUCCUGCCUCAGGCCGAUUGUGAAGGUAUUGUAGAUGGUGUAAAGAAAUCUGUUGCACAUCCUCAGGCAAAUGACGAGUGAUACAUUAAGAAAGAAGUAUGAGAUACUGUAUGAUAGAAUAUUGUAGCCACAGAAAAAAUAUAUAUCCAAUAAAAGUUCUUUUUUUUUUCGAAAUGAAGGAUCCUCGAGGUUUGGUACAUCUUAUCCAAACUAC